GGUAGGGAAUAAUCCUAAUGCGCCAAAACAUGAUAACAAGGUGACGAACACGGAACAACGAAACAACGCAACCGCAAUAAUGGAAGAGUGAUCCGGCACAACAAGCCCGUGCAAAAGCAUUGCUUUGCACCAAGAACAAUUUACAUUAUCAACAUGGCGUCCUUUCACCAUAUCCUAUUCCUGGCAUUUGCCAAAUUUGAAAGUCAAACAAACAUAGAGCAAGAUGGAGUUCACGGACCAACAAAUGAACUUCCUGGAGGAUACGUUUGGUCUGUCGGCAGACUUGUUUGCCGAUGACCUGGGUACUGAUGGCAGCAUUCUUGAUCUGGGCCUAGAUGGGGGUCUUAAACAUCAAACUGCUGCCCAGGAGUCGCUAGAGGACUUGCUUCUUGCAGAUUCUCAUGCAGACUCUUUUGGAGAAGAAUGGAUGGAAACGGUGGAUUUCCAAAACCUCCUCAACUCUGACAGCAGCAGUGGGAUUGGUCCCACUGUAGUGAAAGUUGAAAAACAAGAGCCUCGCAAAGAGGGGAUGAAACAGGCUGCAUUUGAGCUACUGAAGGCACUUUUGACCGGACAGCAGCCAGCUAAGACCGAACUGUCGCUAGAUUUGAUGCAGCCUAUAGAGCAAGUUGAAACCCCGUCUGUAAUUUCUCCAGCUGCAGAGGUCCCAGAUAUAGACUUUCCAGGCUAUGACAGUCUGAACACUUUACUUGGAGGUGUUGAUAAUCAAGUCAUCCAUUCUUUUGAAGACUUGAUUCAACCAGAAAUAUCAUUGGACAAUGGGGAUGUAAUUGAAAUUCUACCUGUACAUUCUGGUCAAAAUUUAUUGUUCAACUCUGUAUCAUCACUGGAGGACUCUGUUGUUGUUUUACAUGAAGAUUCCUUUAAUGUUGAAAAUCAGGAUGCAAGUUCACCAUUGAGUAACGCCGAUAUUGAAUCAGUCUUGUCUUCAAGUCCCACCUCACCGGCAGAGACAUGCCAUGACAUUACCACAGUUGAUUCAAGUUGUCUUAGUGACAGUAAUAUGUCAAGUACUGCUAAAAGUAUUCAAGUGUCAAGUGAGGACUUUACUAAACUUAAAUCAAAAAGCAAGAAAGUAAAAACUAAAUCAAGUCCAUAUGAUUCAGAUAAUAGUCCAGUUUCUGACAAAAGGUUGAGAAAGAAAAUGCAAAACAAGAAUGCAGCCACUCGGUAUCGAGAAAAGAAACGUCAUGAAAAGGAAACAUUGCAGGAACAGGAAGUUCGUCUCUCCGAUAAAAAUAAGGAACUGCGUGAAAAGGUUGAAUCAUUACAGCGCGAAAUUCUGUACAUGAAAGAACUGAUGAAUGAAAUAAACAAAGCAAAACAAUCUAAAAUAUAAAUAAAUAUUGAGAGAGACCUUGUUUUGUGUUCCUGCAAUAUCGAUUUUUAUCAUAUGUUCAGUCAUUGUACAUAUUCAUCUCGUCUUUAUUUAUGUCUUCUAGAUGAACAAUUAAAAGUGACAAAUGC